CUGGAAACACUCGCACUUAACCUGAUCCGUCAUUCCCUCACAAAGGCGGUGCGUAGAGAAGGACCUUUGAAUAAUCUAAUUCUCACGCUCAAACCAGUUACGCGAACAGGGAAAGACGUCUUCGAGCGGAGCAACUCUAAUGGCCGAUAUCGUGUUCAAGGUCUCCCCCCAUGGCAGAGCAGUGUUCGACAAACUGGAAUCCGGAAUGGGGACUUCCCAGUCUACCGAACGAGGGACGAAUUCGGUUUCCGACAGCGACGAGUCGACUUGGAGGACUCUUGUGCUUCCCGCAAAGUAUGAACGCUUUAAACGCGUGUUAGAGGGUCGGACGCUAACUGAUGUUUUGACACAAGAAGCUCUGGAGAAAAUGCUGAAGAGGUGGUCCGAAAAAAGACGAAGAUAUCGAGAUUGGCUUUUGAGCAGGCGCCCAGGCGCUGUGCAUCCUGUUAAACUUGAAGGACUCAAAGCUAAGGAUGCUAAAGAAUAUGAUACCAUCCUCUCUAUGUGCAAUUGGGUUGUUGAUGAGCACCAUAAAUACCGUCCUGAAAAGUGUUGCGAGUUUGCCAGCGUGGAGAGGGUGAGGCGCCAAUUUGUUGAAAAUGGUCAUUCGUAUUACCUUGAUUUUUUUGUCAAAGAUCUGGAAGCAGAUGGCAAUCCUUUAGUACCUGUUAAGGCCAUCGUUUAUCGGAGAGUGCCUGAUCCUUUCAAAUUAAGCCAAUGUCAUGGGCUGAAAGCCUACAAUAAGUAGACAGGUAGUACCUCUCCAUGAGGGUGUUGGGAACAUCUACUUCUGCGAGUGUGCAUUUGGGGUUUUGCUCUAAAUCCAAAAGUAAUAAAAAUGUUGAAGGAAAUUCUAUGUAGUGUGCUAUCGUAUAUAUACAAUAUGUAUUGGGG